UCACACAGAGAAGCUUAUUGGUAAGAGAAAUCAGCAUGGAGCAACCUGAGAAUUGUAAAGGAAAAACAUAUAUAUGGCUGGUGGUAGGUUUUUUAACAAUAAUAUCAAUACUAUCAGUCUUGCUGGGGGUCUACUGCUUACGGGCCAACUCAGAAGGCUGUGUAAAGGGCUUGGAGCUCCAGUACCAGUAUCGGAACGAGACCCGACUACUACAGGAGCAGCUGAGACAAAGCCAGGAAACCUCCCUGGAGACAGAGGCCCGGUGGAAGAGUUGCAGCAGUGACUUGAAAAACCUGAGUGAGACUCUGAAGGAAGUGACAUCCCAGAGAAACUACCUGAAGGAAGAGAACCUGGAUUUGACUAAUAAACUUAAGGAGACUGAAGCAGCCCUGCAGAUGGAGAGAGAAAAAAAUAAAACAGAAGAGAACCUGGAUUUGACUAAUAAACUUAAGGAGACUGAAGCAGCCCUGCAGAUGGAGAGAGAAAAAAAUAAAACAGAAGAGCAAAGUUCUGCAUGCACUGGCCCAAUGACCUACUCUUUACUCCUGGGGCUCUCUCUGGUCAUUGCUUUGCUUCCCUGAGCAGCCUGAGCAAGGCAUUUUCCUGCCCUCUUGGAGACUCCUAAGCUCUGAAUCCUUGUGGAUAAUAAUUGAGACUGAGAAGAGGCAAGAAUUCUGUAUGGGUUUAGGAGCCCCAAGACUGGGGUGUUUGCUCUAAUCACCUGAUUCGGAAGUCUCAGUGUAUGGAAUGCUAGAAUGAGAAUGGAGAAGGCUCUCUGAAGGAGGAAAAGAAGAGGGGAUGGACUCUUAGGGAAGAUGGGGGAAAGUCCCUAAAAUGAAGCAGGAACUGGGGGAAGAAUGCUACAUCUUUGGUAUAAGUAGGCAAGGGGAUGGAUUAGGGAUUGGAAGCUUUCCAAUAAAA